UUCCGCCUGCGCACCCCGCCGGUAACCCGAGCACGGCCGCCCUCCCUCAGGACCCCACCCGGGGCUGCCCCAUGCGCUGCCUGCCUCCCUGCCGCCACCAACCUCCCUCCGCCGAGCCUUACGGGGCGGCCGCAACGGCGAGCACCGAGCCGCCUCCUCACCCUUAAUUUCUCGGUUGGGCGGCGGGAGGCGAACGGCGGAGCUCGGCUCGGGGAGCGACGCUUCGGCUCAGGCAGCGCGGCGGGCGGCCGCGGGCACGGAGAGCGGCGUGAGGGGAGAGGGGGCCUCGAGCGGCGGCGGCGGCGGCGGCAGGGCGAUGCCUGCACCGGGCCGAGGUGGUUUGCCCGGGUAACACAAUGCCAGCUGAGCGCAAAAAGUCAGCAAGCAUGGAUGAGAAAGAAUCUUCGUUAAAUAAUAAAGAAAAAGAAUUUGGUGAAAGGCGACCAGUGAGCACCAGGGAGAAGCCAAAAGAAGAUGUCAAGAUUGGCGUGAAGAGAGAGACUUUAAAGAUUCCCGAAGACAAAAAGAAAAAACUGGAAGAGGAUAAAAGAAAAAAAGAAGACAAGGAGCGGAAGAAGAAAGAUGAUGAUAAAGUGAAGGCAGAAGAAGAGCAAAAGAAGAAAGAAGAGGAAGAAAAAAAGAAACUUGAAGAGGAAGAGAAAAAGAAGCAAGAGGAGGAAGUGAAACGUCAGCAAGAAGAAGCAGCUGCUCAGCUGAAAGAAAAAGAGGAAGCACAUCAGCUCCAUCAGGAGGCUUGGGAGCGCCAUCAGGCAAGAAAAGAGCUUCGCAGCAAAAACCAGAAUGCACCAGACAAUCGCCCCGAGGAAAACUUCUUCAGCAGACUAGACUCCAGUCUGAAGAAGAACACAGCUUUUGUUAAGAAGCUAAAAACCAUUACAGAGCAACAAAGGGACUCCUUGUCCCAUGAUUUUAACAGCCUGAAUUUAAGCAAAUACAUUGCAGAAGCAGUAGCUUCGAUUGUGGAAGCCAAACUGAAAAUCUCGGAUGUGAACUGCGCUGUGCACUUGUGUUCCCUCUUCCACCAGCGCUAUGCGGAUUUUGCUCCCUCGUUACUUCAGGCUUGGAAAAAACAUUUCGAAGCAAGGAAAGAAGAGAAGACUCCCAACAUUACUAAGUUGAGAACUGAUCUGCGUUUCAUUGCAGAGUUGACAAUAGUUGGGAUUUUCACUGACAAGGAAGGUUUGUCUUUAAUCUAUGAGCAGCUUAAAAAUAUUAUUAACGCUGAUCGAGAGUCCCACACUCAUGUUUCUGUGGUUAUCAGCUUUUGUCGGCACUGUGGAGAUGACAUUGCUGGUUUGGUACCAAGGAAAGUAAAAACUGUUGCAGAGAAGUUUAACUUGAGCUUUCCUCCUAGUGAGAUAAUUAGCCCAGAGAAACAACAGCCCUUCCAGAAUUUGUUGAAGGAAUACUUUACGUCUUUGACCAAACACCUGAAAAGGGACCACAGGGAGCUACAAAAUAUUGAAAGACAAAACAGGCGCAUCCUUCACUCCAAAGGAGAACUGAGUGAAGAUCGGCACAAGCAGUAUGAGGAAUUUGCAAUGUCAUAUCAGAAGCUGUUGGCCAAUUCUCAGUCUCUAGCCGAUAUUCUGGAUGAAAAUAUGCCUGACCUUCCCCAAGACAAACCAACACCUGAGGAACAUGGACCCGGUAUUGACAUUUUCACACCAGGAAAGCCUGGAGAAUAUGACCUGGAAGGGGGUAUUUGGGAAGAUGAAGAUGCUAGAAACUUCUAUGAGAACCUCAUCGACUUGAAGGCUUUUGUGCCUGCAAUCUUGUUUAAAGAUAAUGAAAAAUGUUCCCAGAGCAAGGAUUCCAGCAAGGACGAAUCAAGAGAUUCCAAAGAUGCCAAAGAUAAUAAGGAUGCACCUGGGAGUGAGGAUUUGGAAUUGGAGCUGGAGAACUUGGAUAUUAAUGAUGAUCCCCUGGAAUUAGACUGUGGAGAUGAGGCGGAAGAUCUUACAAAAAAGCUUCUUGAUGAACAAGGCAAGAGAGAGGGAGCAGAUAGCACCGGAGCUGACAGUAGUGACGGAAAACAAGCUGAAAGAAAACAAGAAGAUGAAGAAGCCAGUACUGGAUCUCAUUUAAAACUUAUAGUAGAUGCUUUUCUUCAGCAGCUUCCAAACUGUGUCAACAGAGACCUCAUAGACAAGGCAGCCAUGGAUUUUUGCAUGAAUAUGAAUACAAAAGCCAACAGAAGAAAACUAGUGAGAGCCCUUUUCAUAGUUCCUAGGCAAAGGUUGGAUUUGCUACCGUUCUAUGCAAGGCUGGUUGCCACGUUGCAUCCCUGUAUGUCUGAUGUAGCAGAGGAUCUUUGUUCCAUGCUGAAAGGGGAUUUCAGAUUUCAUGUAAGAAAAAAGGACCAGAUCAACAUUGAAACAAAGAAUAAAACUGUGAGAUUUAUUGGUGAGCUUACCAAGUUUAAGAUGUUCUCCAAAAAUGAUACUCUCCACUGUUUAAAGAUGCUUCUGUCAGACUUCUCUCAUCACCACAUUGAGAUGGCAUGUACUCUGUUGGAAACUUGUGGCAGAUUCCUCUUUAGGUCACCAGAAUCUCACUUGAGAACCAGCGUUCUUUUGGAACAAAUGAUGAGAAAGAAACAAGCAAUGCAUCUUGAUGCCCGAUAUGUUACAAUGGUGGAAAAUGCCUACUACUACUGUAAUCCCCCUCCAGCUGAAAAAACUGUGAAGAAAAAACGUCCUCCCUUGCAGGAAUAUAUUCGUAAGCUUCUCUACAAGGAUCUCUCAAAGGUCACCACAGAAAAGGUCCUGAGACAGAUGCGCAAGCUGCCUUGGCAGGAUGCCGAAGUAAAAGAUUAUGUUAUAUGCUGCAUGAUCAACAUCUGGAACGUGAAAUAUAAUAGUAUUCACUGUGUAGCCAACCUCCUAGCGGGGUUGGUCCUUUACCAGGAGGAUGUUGGAAUUCAUGUUGUGGAUGGAGUACUAGAGGAUAUUCGACUAGGAAUGGAGGUUAACCAGCCAAAGUUUAACCAGCGGCGGAUCAGCAGUGCCAAGUUUUUGGGGGAGCUUUACAAUUAUCGAAUGGUGGAAUCGGCUGUAAUAUUUCGAACUCUAUAUUCAUUCACAUCAUUUGGUGUGAACCCUGAUGGUAGUCCUAGUCCACUGGAUCCCCCAGAGCAUCUUUUCAGAAUCAGACUAGUCUGUACGAUCCUUGAUACCUGCGGGCAGUAUUUCGACAGAGGAUCCAGCAAACGAAAACUUGAUUGCUUCCUUGUAUACUUCCAGCGGUAUGUUUGGUGGAAAAAAAGUCUGGAUGUCUGGACAAAAGACCACCCGUUUCCUAUAGACAUUGACUAUAUGAUCAGUGAUACACUGGAACUCCUGAGACCAAAGAUAAAGCUCUGCAAUUCUCUGGAAGAAGCUAUCAGACAGGUUCAAGACUUGGAAAGAGAAUUCUUAAUAAAAUUAGGGCUUGUGAAUGACAAAGAUUCCAAAGAUUCCAUUACAGAAGGAGAGAAUCUGGAAGAGGAUGAAGAAGAAGAAGAAGGUGGAGCAGAGACAGAGGAACAAUCCGGAAAUGAAAGCGAAGUAAAUGAGCCAGAAGAAGAGGAGGGUUCUGACAAUGAGGAAGAAGAAGGUGAAGAAGAAGAAGAAGAAAACACGGAUUAUCUUACGGACUCCAAUAAGGAAAAUGAAACUGAUGAGGAGAAUACAGAAGUAAUGAUUAAAGGAGGAGGACUUAAACAUGUCCCUUGUGCAGAAGAUGAGGACUUCAUUCAGGCAUUGGAUAAAAUGAUGCUAGAAAAUCUUCAGCAACGGAGUGGCGAAUCAGUUAAGGUACAUCAGUUGGAUGUGGCUAUUCCCCUACAUCUCAAAAGCCAGCUGAAGAAGGGUCCCCCACUUGGAAGUGGAGAAGGGGAGUCAGAGUCUGGAGACACAAUGCCAUUUGUCAUGUUAACACGAAAAGGCAACAAACAGCAGUUUAAGAUUUUAAAUGUACCGAUGUCUUCCCAACUUGCUGCAAACCACUGGAACCAACAGCAGGCUGAACAGGAGGAGAGAAUGCGGAUGAAAAAGCUCACUUUGGAUAUCAAUGAGCGGCAAGAACAAGAGGACUACCAGGAAAUGUUGCAGUCUCUGGCACAGCGUCCUGCUCCAGCAAAUACAAAUCGUGAGCGGCGUCCUCGUUACCAGCAUCCGAAGGGAGCACCUAAUGCAGAUCUAAUCUUUAAAACUGGUGGGAGGAGACGUUGAUCCAGCAGCAAGUGUCAUUUCAUUAGGUCCUGUAUCUCUGAUGUUGUGGAUAGUGGAGUCCUCCAGCAAUUAAAUGAGAGCAGUGGACACAUCUCAGCAUGUCAGCCUAGAGCGUUCAGAAUCGAAACCUGGGACAGGCUGGGGCCGUGGGGCAGAAACAGCAGCCUCCUCUCUUCCCCCCCAAAACCCGCACAGAACAAGUGGAAGCUUCCAGUCAUGGCCUGCCAAAAAAAAAAAAAAAACAAAAAACAAAAAACAAAAAGCUUUUUGUAACGGGAACCAUGUGAGGGUUAAUCUUCUCAUACGAGCGGAAGCAAAUGAAUGAGAUGGUUAACUUGACCGGGGAGCAGCUCGGAGAAAACAAAAGAUCAACCUGAAAUUCAGAUGGAUUCCACUGGAGUGGAAAAGGUCUUAGUGGCGCCCAGUAUGUGGGAAAGCAAAGCUGCACGCUUGGUGCAGGCUGCGUCAUCUCUGGAUCGAGCACUUUGCGUCGGAAGGGUGUUCGUUGGGGGCUGCAAAUCUACAGUAGGAAAACGUAGAGCAAACGGUGAAAUGGAAAAGAAAACCCUGACACGUGGGAGAACGUCUCAACCCUCAGAUACUCCUCCCGACCUGCUGGUUAAGGAGUAGCCUUCUGCUGCCAGACAAGCGAGAAAGAAGGGGUUGGGGAGCGGGAAGGGGUGAAAAAAAACUUAAGAGCCAAGGAGGUAAAAUGUCUGUUAAGGUUUUAAAUAGAAUGUGAAGUGGAUUAACACAGGGUGUUGACUCAUACUGCUUGGAACAGCCUGACACCAGCCUAAGGACAGGGAUAUAGUUGAGCCCAUUGUAUGUAUCAUUGAAAACCAAAAUGUGCCAGUCAGCAUAACAGGGGGAUGUCAAGGAGCGGAUCCAAAUAUUUUGUUGAUCUUCAUGGGUUGAUAAGCCUCUGUGUGUAUUGAAACAAACAAGCAAAAAGUUUAAAAAAAAAUUUAAAUACAUCUGGAAACAAGUAGAAUUUUUAUUUUUUUCUAAGUAGAAAUGAGGUUUCUUGAUCUGUUUCUGACAAUCUGUUAUUUAUUAGCAUAGAUUUUUGUUUGCUUUCAGGUAGAGGUAGUUAAUUCGGUUAAGGAGCUCAUCUGUAUGUUACUAAUUCUUUUUUUUUCUAGCUCUUUUAAAAUUCUUUUUACCACUGUUUUUGGUUUCUGCAUGUAGGAAGAGAGACUUGUAAAAUUGUAACAUUUCAUACAGAAAUGCCGCCCGAUCUUCACCAGCUUCAGAAAUCUGACCUUUGCCAAUGCUGCAAUAAAGUGUUGUAAUUUAGAA